GUGCAAUUUCUUAUGAUUUGAUAUUUAAAUAUAUUUGAAAGAAUAAUAAAAUUAAUUGACGUAUGCAGUUGUCUAGUUUUAAGGAAUGCUUGAGACGUGUUUGUAACAGUUUGAUAAUUCGAAUAAAACGAGAUCGCGCCGCGCCUUUACCGCAUACGGCCGUGGAAGAGGCAUCGCGCGCACACUCGCGUGUCCUCGGUUAGCUCGAACUUACGUAUAUAAACGAUGCGUGUACGCAGCUCGAUGACUAAAACAGAAUCAAAUGGUGUUAUCAUGUGUGGUUCUACGUUAUUUCGUAACGCGGUAGAGACUGUCUGAAAAUUUUACCAAGUGGACGAUCGCGUGCGCGAACGAAAUGGAUACGUACGCCACUGAUAUCUUCGAGCAGCUGAAAGGCGCAAGCAAGCUUUUAUACCUGAUCAACCCCUACGAGACGAUCUUUGAAUUCCCGCAUCAAGUGCCUGAUUAUCACAAACAGAUAUGGCUGCCGUUUUUCGUCCUGAUCUUUUUGGAACAGAUCAUAUUGGUAUCAAAAAAGAAAAGAAAGAUCCGUCUGAACGAUCAAGUGACGUCGUUGUCGCACUGGUUGUUUCAAGAAACUGGCCGUAUUUUGUUCCGCGGAGCCGAGUAUUACGCGUACAUCGUAAUUAACGAGCGAUACGGUUGGUGGAGUCUGCCCUGGAACUCGUUAUGGACUUGGUGCGUCACCGCCGUCGGGGUGGAUUUCUGUUACUAUUGGGUUCAUCGCAGUAACCACGAGGUACACUUCUUAUGGGCCCAGCAUCAGGUUCACCACAGCAGCGAGGAAUUCAAUCUCGCGGUCGGACUGCGGCAAUCCGUUUUGCAACACUGGUGUAACUUCGUAUUUUAUUUACCACUCGCGUUAUUUAUACCACCGUCACACUUCAUCGCGCAUAAUCAAUUUAAUUUGAUUUACCAAUUAUGGAUACACACGACUGUUAUCGAUGAUCUCGGGCCGAUCGAAUUAAUAUUCAAUACGCCGAAACAUCAUCGAGUGCAUCAUGGUUGCAACUUGUAUUGCUUAGACAAAAAUUAUGGAGGGGUGCUGAUUAUAUGGGACAGGUUGUUCGGGACGUUUAUGGAGGAGAAAAAGGAAGAUGAAAUAAUUUACGGUUUAGUCGUUAGUCCUCGAACCUUUAAUCCUGUAUAUUUGCAGGUAUUUUAUACAGUACAGAUGAUCACAAAGAGUAUUGGCAUGUCGAAUUUAACAGAUAAGCUAGCUGUCGUUUGGAAGGGCCCCAGCUGGUUUCCAGGUAGUCCUCGAUUAGGACUGGACGAAUACAAAAUUAAUGUAACGUCUAGGAUCAAAUAUGAUAAUUAUAUACCUUCCUGGCAAAACUUUUAUAUAAUUGUUCACUUCUACCUGGUCUUCUAUCAGCACGUUCAGCUGUAUGACGAACCACCACAGGAUUUGAAGACAUUACCUUCUGGACUAAUACUCAUCAACAAUCUGUUCGCCCUCACCACGUUCGGUUUACUGUUUGACAAAUCUUCGUAUGCUGGCCUCGUAGAAUUCGUCCGUUGCAUCGUUUAUUUAAGUACCUCAACGAUACACAAUUCAUUGAAUUGGUGCAUGUAUUAUAUAUACGGUAGUUCCUGUUGUGUGUGGAUUUUAUAUUUUCUCUGUACAAUCAAGUCGAACUUUGCAAAUAUACGAGAUUCGUAAAAUACUGUCUUCGAAUUAAUUAUUGCUGCUUUAAAAUAAAGAAUAUACGUAUGCAUGUUU